AUGGGAAAGUCAAUGCUAGACCUGAUUGAUGAAUGCGACAAAUUCCCGUAUUACCAUGAUAACCCCGCAUUUUAUACUGCCCACUUGAAGACUUACCAUGCCUUCAAAGUGAACGGAUGCGAUGCAAUCUUGGGCUACAUCCUCAACUCAAUCGUGGACAAGUUCUACUGGCCAGACGGUUGGACUAUCGACUCCAAAAACCAAACCGUCACCCUGGCUACCCCUGCAGAUGCAACUCCUGAACAGCGCAGCAAGGUGGUAGCAGACACUCUUGCCGAAGCAGUCAAGCGAGAAAGCUUCGAAAUCCUCAAGGGGUGGAGGAACGAGAGGUACCCGGUCUACGGACCUGGUGGGGAAUACCUGCUCGAGAUUGAACGGAGCGCCAGUGCGCUCUUUGGCAUCGUCUCGUACGGUGUGCACGCGACCUGUUACGUUGAGGAUGAGAAUGGGCUGCGAUUUUGGAUUCCCAGACGUUCAAAGACCAAGCAAACCUAUCCGGGCAUGCUUGAUAACACCGUGGCCGGUGGGAUGAGCACGGGUGAGCGGCCCUUUGAGUGUGCCACCCGCGAGGCUAUGGAGGAAGCCUCGCUGCCUGAAGACGUUGUCAAGGCCAAUGCCACUCCGACUAGCUGUGUCACGUACUUUUAUGUGCGCGAUUCUCGAGCUGGAGGGGAAGUCGAUCUGCUGCAACCCGAGGUGGAGUAUAUUUACGAUAUUAAGCUUGAUGCCAGUAUUAUCCCCAAGCCAGGCGACACCGAGGUUGAAGAAUUCCAUCUAUACACGGUUGAGCAAACCAAGCAGGCGAUGGCGAAUGGAGAAUUCAAGCCCAACUGCGCCGUGGUUUUCAUCGAUUUCUUCAUUAGACAUGGACUCUUGACGCCUGAGAACGAGCCCGAUUAUUUGGAAAUCGUCUCCAGAUUGCAUCGUCGUCUCGAAUUCCCUACCGCAUCGCAUGCCACCAGAUAA